UAGUUGUUUGUCAUUGACAGUUUGUUUUAGUUUGUUUGUAGUUGUAUUACAGUUUUUAUACUGUUUCAUUUAGGAUUUAUAAUUUAUUUUGGCCUUUUUCGUUAUGUUGCAGGUUUGGGACUGUAAAUUUAGUCCUUCUGAUUUUUACAGAUCUAAGUGUGUAUGCACCAGUGUUUAUUCUGUGAUAGAUAAUAUUAAGAACACUUUAUCUGUUAAUUUGCUUUCUUUGUUUCGUCAAACUCAGUUUGGGCAUUUUCUGGAUAUGCCUGAGUUUGUUUUUCAUCCGCAAGUCGUACAUAGUUUAUUACUAAGGGAAGUUUUACAGCCCAAUCCUAAAGAUUUUUGGGCUAAGGUUGCUGGCCGUUGCAUACGGUUUAGUGCCGAAGAAUUUUAUUUGAUUUUUGGUUUAGAUUGUUUCGGUGAUUGCAACAAGUUGUUGUUUUCACAGGAAACAAAUCAAUUGGUAGAAACAUGUUUCCGUGGUGUAAAAACUAUUGACCACAAAGCCAUCGAGGAUGCUUUUUUGGGUAGUCGGUGGGGUUUGGAUGAGUCUAUUGGUUUGAAAAUGGCUGUUUUGUAUUUCAUUCAGUGUUUUCUUCUUAGCAAUACUCCUGACAAAGAAGUGUCUAGGUUUGUUCUAGAUGUAGUUGAUAGCGGUCGGUGGGAUGAGUAUUGUUGGGGUAGGGAAUCAUUUGAAUUGACAAUUGACUCAUUCAAAGGUAGGAUCGAGCAUGGGAUCAUUAUGAAAAAUAGAAAGGCAGAGAAGGGAGGCCAAUAUGAUGGCUGGUAUAGGGCAUUGGGAUGUCCUUGGGUUUUCACGGUUUGGUUUUAUGAAUGCUGUCCUGCAAUGGUGAACUCUUUCUGUAAGAGAGUUUCAUCUUCUAUUCCCAGGAUUCUGAACUGGAGCAACACCAUCGUCACCAAAAAUCCAACCCUUCGAGACUUGAAGGGCAAGAUUUUUGAUUUACCUUUGGAGAAGUUGAAGAUAAAAAACAUGCGUCCUACUGAUGAAGAGAGGCAGCAGCUUCAACUUGACGGUUUAUUUCUCGAUGAAUCUAUUGAUGAACGUGGUGUAGCGAAGCAAUCCUUCGAGGGUGGGUCAUCUUCAAAGAAGUCUGAUUCAGCAGAUAUUGAUUGGAUGAAAUCUAAGCUGGAGAUGCUCAUUUCGAAUCAAUCAUCAUUGGCCGAGGACUUCAUUUCAUUGAGGUGUUUUGUUGAUUUUAAUUUCAAAUCCGUAAUGACUGUAAUUAAGGAUAUCCAAGAGAAGGUUAAUGCCAUUCAUCGUCGUCCUUCUGAUGAGGUAUUUAUUCUUAUUUUAUUGUUUAGGUUUUUUUAUAUUUUUUUUUUGUAUAGUUUCUUUACUGUUUUAUUUAAGUUUCAUUUAUGUUGGUUGAUACAGGGAAAGUCAUCGGAUGAAUUAGUAACUCAAGAUUCUGAUGAUGAUGCUGAUGAUGAUGAUGAUGAUGAUGCCGAGGAUGAUGAGAAGCAAUUGCCUGAUCCAGAAAAUAUUGAUUCCGACUCCAACGAUGGUGGUGAGUUGGUUAAAGUUGGUGGGGAUGCUGAUGAUGCUGACAAGGCUGUUACUGCUGUUCCUUCUGCUGAUGUGAAUCCAUCUGAGGAUGUUGGAGGGAGUGAUAAAAAUGUUAAGAAUGUUGAGAAGCCGAAGGGCGAUGAGUCUCGAUUGAAGGGGGGCGAUUUCUUUGAUGGGUUGAGCCAGCUUGAAAUAGAUGAUGAUCAAGUUGUGUUGGCUGGCUUGGAGGCUGUUGCUAAAAUCCAUGUAAGUUUACUUUUAAUUGUUUUCAAAAAAACUAGGUUUCUUUUUGGUUGCUCAUUAGUUUCUAGUAUGUUUUUCAACUGUUUUAAUGCAUUCUUUAUUUUUUAGGUCCCCGCACCCAAUCCAGAUGUUGUUGGUGAAAAGUCAGAUGCCCUUCAUACUGAUGAAGAAACUGAGGACACUGUCUCUGAUACACCUCUGUUGGAUAAGAGGAAGCGUGCUCCGGCCUUGAAAUCUCCAUUUGUUGAUUUCGGGUCUGCUGAUGUCGGGAGCACUCCAAUGGAGCUUAUGUCCUCAGGUUCUCAAUCAGCUGGGGAUGAUAGGGAUUUCAAAAUGGUGACUUAUGUGAAGGGCCUUUAUGCUCUUAAUGAUGCUUUUGCUGAUCCCGUAUCUACCGAGAUUGAGGCAAAAUUUGACGCUUGGAUUGGUGAAGGAUUGCUUAAACAUCCUAGGCAUUAUAAUUGUUAUGAAGACGGCGCAAAGAAAUUUACCCCGGGUUUUAGGCUAGGUGUUGAUUAUGUUGAGGAUAAAACUUGGUUUUACCAUUUGGCCACAUGCGACAUGUUUAUGAACGACUCGGUAAAGUUUCCAAUUUAUAUUGUAGUUAUGGUAGUUUGUUUUCAGUUGCUUUAUAAAUGUUUUUUAGUUUUGAUACUGCAUUUCAGUUUUUUUACAGUUGUUCAACCUUUUCAUUUGUGUUUCUGUGUUGUUUUUUUUCUCAGCAUAUGAACACCAUAUUCUAUUACCUUUGAAAAAAAGGUAAGUAUUCUUCCGCUGUGACAUUGAAUUUCGCAACUACUGAUUGUCUUUUUGAUGAUUCCAUCCAAGCAUUGUACCACAAAUUUAACAAGGCCAAGUCAAUGAAGACUAAGAUGUCACACAUUCACGCUGCCCACCCAAUUGCGCAUUACAUCCGAGGUAUGCGCAUUCCCUGUUCCAAGCCUUGGUAUGAAGCCGAUCAUGUGCUUUUCAUCAUCAAUUUAAGAAGGGAAAGUCAUUGGGUUUUUGGGCGUCUUGACUUGAACAAAGGGACGUUGUUUCUGUACAAUUCUUUGAGGACCGCGAAAAUGAAUGCCGCAGCUAGGAAUGCGAUGAAGGCUUAUUCCGUGCUGCUGCCUUUGUUUUUCGAUUUACUUGGGUUCUAGAAGAAUAGAGCACAAGCUCCUGCCUCAGUUUCUGACCCUACAGCUCCAUUCAGAAUCGUGGAGCUUAGUGGUCUUGCGUCUCAGCAGAAGAAGUGAGUGUUUCUUUUAAGUUUCUUUUAUGUUGUUUUUUAGUUUCUAAACUGUUUACUUUUUCUCUCUGUUUUUUAAUAGUGAUUGCGGGGCAUAUGUUGCUGCCUUUGCUGAAUUCUUUAUCCACGGAAAGGAUGUCCCUGCAGACUUUGACAUCGAAGUUUAUCGUACCCGACUUGCUUCACUUUUCUUCUCGUACGGACAAAGGAAAAUUGACGAAAGUAUUGACAGCGAGGAUGAGAAGCAAACCAAGUCUUCUAAGGCAUCUAAAUUGAAGAAAUAGGAUCUUUUAAUUUGGUGGCUCUUUUCUGUUAUUUGUUGAAUCUAUUUCCAGACAAUUUUUAGUGUUGUUGUUUCAAUGUAGGUAUUAUAUUUGAUUUUAUACUAUGUACCUGGUUUAAAACUUUUAGGAUAUUUGACAUUUACUCCUUAUAAUAUCUUUAUUGUAUAGGUUUGUAUUUCCCAAA